UGGGAGGAGUGACGGCAGCGGCGGCUGUGAGGGAAGAUGGCGGAGGCGGCGGCGGCGGUGCAGCAGCACCGGUUCUUUUGCCACAGCUGCAAGGGCGAGGUCAGCCCCAAGCUGCCGGAAUACACCUGCCCUCGCUGUGAGUCCGGCUUCAUCGAGGAAGUCACUGAUGAUUCCAGUUUUUUCGACAGCAAUUCCCUGGAUGACAGCCCCUCCUCUCAGUUCUCAGAGCUCUGGGACCACCUGGACCACACGAUGUUCUUCCCGGAUUUCCGGCCCUUGCUGAGCAGCAGCUCGCUGGAUGCAGAGCCCAGGGACGUGGACAGGGGUUCCCCAGGAGAGCUUUGGGGUCCCAGCCGCCCCCCACGGCUGCCCAUGCCCCGCAGGUACCGGGCACGGGGCAGCUCCCGGCCGGAGCGCUCGCCGGCCAUCGAGGGGAUAAUCCAGCAGAUCUUUGCCGGCUUUUUCGCCAACUCAGCCGUCCCUGGCUCGCAGCACCCCUUCUCCUGGAGCGGGAUGCUGCACUCCAGCCCCGGUGAUUACGCGUGGGGACAGAGCGGCCUCGACGCCAUCGUCACCCAGCUCCUGGGCCAGCUGGAGAACACAGGGCCCCCCCCAGCAGACAAGGAGAAGAUCUCGUCGCUCCCAACGGUGCCGGUGACGCAGGAACAAGUCGACACGGGGCUGGAGUGCCCGGUGUGCAAGGAGGAUUACACCGUGGCCGAGCAGGUCCGGCAGCUCCCCUGCAACCACGUCUUCCACAGCAGCUGCAUCGUGCCCUGGCUCGAGCUGCACGACACGUGUCCAGUGUGCAGGAAGAGCCUCAAGGGGGAAGAUUCCAGCAGGCAAAUCCCAAACCCCGACGCCUCCGACAGCCCAGUGCAGGAGAGAUGGACAUUCUGACCCUGCUGGCAAAGGUUCUGCAGCCUUCCAGAAGGUUCCAGGGGCGUCUCCCAGCUCGAGGUGUGCGUUGAGAAUUCCACCAGAUCCCCCCAGUAGCAGGAAUUAGGGGGCCCCACCCUGUGGGAUCGCAACACCGAGCGCUCUUCUCCCAGGAAUUUUUCCUUCUGCUCCACGGAAUUGCCUCGUUAGCCCUAAAUUGGGAAGGUUUUGGGAGUGUUUUGGUUUCUUUUUUUUUUAUCAGAAAAGGUUUGUUUUGUUUUGUUUUUUUUUCCAGUAGGGGCCUGAUCCGAAGAGGGGUUGCAUCCCUCGUAGCCUUCUCUGGAAAAAGGUUGGGAUCAAAAAGGGGAUUUUUGGGAUCUUCCUGCACUCUUGGAGCCACGGGAGAUUUUAUUGCCCCAGGUUGGGAUGGGAUCCGUGGGAGUCUGUGAAAUCAUGGCAGGUGGAAGGAGGAAGGUUCUGGAAGCCUCAGGAGCCCCCCGUGGUCCUGGAGAGGCUCUGGGAGCUCUGUGGGAUCAGGAAUGCUCUGAGCAGGGUUUUGGUCUCAUCCUGGACAAUUUUUGGGGUUGAUUGGGGUUUUUUUGGGACCCUUUUCCACGUUGCCCCAGGUGUGUCCAAAGCUCCCUGUGCCCCCCACGAGUCAUUCCAGGCAGGAAUUAUGGAAUUAUGGACCAUUCCCUUGGCAACCCCCACCCUCCCCAUAACUUAAGGAAACUCUUGAUUUUUCCUCAUUGUUUUCAGAGUUUGGUUUGGUUUUUUUUGGUUAUUUUUCCAUUUCCUGUGACUUUUCCAGGUCUGAAUCCUGGGAUUUUUCCUCGUGGUAUCCACAGGCAGCCCUGGGGGGGACAUUGUGACCCCCAUCCCUCGUGUCAGGGGGGGGAAAAGUUCCCAAACCCCUUGGGCUCGGUGGCUCCACAUCCACGUGGAUUUAAUUCCUGAUUUUCUUUGCUCUUCCGUCCAAUAAAGGCCUUUCUCAAAAAAU